AAAAGAACGAGGCGUUUGAAGCCAGCGGAAGUGACGUAUUUGGAGUUGUACCAACAUGGCAGACAGUGAGAAACCCACAUGGUCUGAGGAAGAUGAAGGCAUGGAAGGUUCAGGCAGUGAUGAAGAAGACGACGAUGAUAAUGAUGAGAUCAUGGAGGAAAAUGAAGAAGAGGAAAAGGAGAAAGACUCUCAAAGAGUGUAUUUGCCCGGCGUGGCAGACUUGCAGGAGGGAGAGCAGCUUGUGAUGGACGAGGACGCCUAUGUGCUCUAUCACCAGGCACAGACAGGUAUAUGUACAAACAGGGUGAAGGAACAACAUUAGUUAUGAGUAACUUAAUAUGUUCUGUGAUCCUCCCUAAUCGUAAUAGCAGAACAGGUUCUGGUACACCCUGUGCAUUGUAAUUAUUCCAUUAUUUCUAAAAGGUUAAAUAAUGUAAAAAUUUCAUAUUUUCACUAAAGCAGUUCUGUCACUUUAGCAUUUUUUUUGCAUGGACAUCCAGGUGACCUGUUCAUUUACUAGUUGGUGCCAGGGGGUGUGAUGAAAGAAAGUAGUUCUAUUUACCUGGACCACCUAGCACCCUCAUGUGUUCUUGGUUCAGGUCUUACAGGUUUACUCCAAGCAUCAUAACCACUAGAGUCUGCUUUUGGGUUCUGGUGCUGGGAACACCUCAAUGCCGAUUCUCAAUUAUAAGCAAACCAUCUUGCAACAAUUUGUCACAUUCCUGGGUUUUGCCAGGUAGGAAGUUUAAUAGAAUGUGGGCAGAAGUCACCGCUGGUCCUGCCAUUGGUUGAGAGAAACAGUUUAUGAACAUUUCCAUCAUUCCUAAGGAUAGGGCACUGGUUAGAUCCCCCCCCCCCACUUCCCCAGCCUGCAGAGUGACACAGUUGUCUCAUUUAACCCCUGGAUGUUGGGCUUGAAAGGCAUCGCUACUCUGGAAAUGUACCUUAAUUUUACUAAAUGAUGUAUCAACCCUAUGCUGUAAAUCACCUGUACUUUUCCCCUGCUUUUCUUCUGUACCCCAUCUAAUAUGCCUUCAAUAAAAGAAAGAUUGACAAAAACCCAUUUCUUUAGGAAAGCCUAUGGCCUCCCAGACUAACCUCUACUUCACAUACCUGUCUCUUGCUCUCUACUCUCUCCUCCAGCUCCGCUUCACUCCCACCUAAUUUGACUAUUUCCUGUCUUAAUGUGUUUUAUACCCCACCUCCUAUAGACUGUAAGCUUGUUUGAGCAGGGCCAUCUUCAACCUAUCAUUUACAUAGAAACAUAGAAUGUGACGGCAGAUAAGAACCAUUCGGCCCAUCUAGUCUGCCCAAUUUUCUAAAAACUUUCAUUAGUCCCUAGCCUUAUCUUAUAGUUAGGAUAGCCUUAUGCCCAUCCCAUGCAUGCUUAAACUCCUUUACUGUGUUAACCUCUACCACUUCAGCUGGAAGGCUAUUCAAUGCAUCCACUACCCCUCUCAGUAAAAGUAAUACUUCCUGGAUAUUAUUUUUUAAACCUUGUCCCUCUAAUUUAAGACUAUGUCCUUUGUUGUGGUAGUUUUUCUUCUUUUUAAAUAUAGUCAUUUCUGUAAAAGUUUUCUUUGUAAUUGUCCUAUUUAUAUUAACUUCCCGAUAAUAUUGUAAAGCGCUACGGAAUCUGUUGGUGCUAUAUAAAUGGCGAUGAUUAUUAUAUAAAGCUAAAGUUUUUUAAAAUGAGACACAUGUCCAGUCUGGUAUCUCCAAAAACGUUCCCUCCAGAUGUUGCUGAACUAGAACUCCCAUUAUUUUCUGGCUAAGUAUUCCAUUGAAAUAAUCAUGGUAGUUGUAGUUCAGCAGCAUCUGAAGGGACAGAGUUUGGAGAACCCUAGUCUAGCUUUUGUAGACAAUGUAUGAAUUUAAUAUACAUUUAAAAAAUGGAGGAUGAAAUGAAGGAAAAAAAAGCUUAUACUAAGUCAUAGAUUUAAAAUAAUAAAUGUAUUAAAAGAUGUAAUUUCAAGAGUAGUGAUAAUACAUUGAAAUGCAAGUUAUCACAUCAAUCUUCUAUACAGUAUAUUAUUUUGCAUUUGUUAUUGUUUGAUCUUUUCAGAUGAGUUCUAUUUGAGCCAGUGCUAGUCAUGUGCAACAGUGGGUAAUUUACCGUCUUUAAUUGUUUAACUUUGUGUUUGGUUUUCAGGUGCUCCUUGUUUGAGUUUUGACGUGAUUUUAGAUAGUUUGGGGGAGAACCGUUCAGAAUAUCCUUUGACCAUGUAUCUUUGUGCCGGAACUCAGGCAGACUCUGCACAAGCCAACAGGUAGGACAAUUGUUUUGUGUACAUGCAGGUUGCGAUGCAUUCCAUCAUUAAAGUAGUGCACUGCAGAAGCCUCCUUUUGAUCUUUACAAGGGUCCACGGAGGAAUAGGUUGUUCACCACUUGAUAAGAUAACUAUUCCCACCACAGAUUACUAGUAUGAAAAAGGUAGUUUGCUUCAGGCACAAGUUGAUUGAAGCUUCACAUUUUGCCCAACAUCAUUUUGGCAUAAGAUGCCUGUGUUUUUAUACUUUUUUGGCAGUUAUUUAUUUAUUUUUUUCUAUUUUAAUAUUGACAUUUGUUACUCUUGCCUUGCUUAGAAAACAAAUAUCGCAGUCUGCCCCCACCCCCCCACCCCACUGAUUUCCCUCGGCGCUGGGUCAGACUGCCCAUGCUUCUCGGCGGGGGGAGGAGACAAGACCUAAUGCGCAUGCGCAGCAAUGGCUGCGCUUGCUUUAGGAUUUCCCCAUAGGAAAGCAUUAUUCAAUGCUUUCCUGUGGGGUAAAAUCUGACUCCGAAGGUUCUCAUGAGGUCAUCCAGAGUCAGAUACCAGACCAAAGGUCCGUUUCAAACCAGGAAGCCUUCUAGUGUCUGGUAGACAGCAACUAGAGGUGGGGUUAACCAUGGAUAGUAAUUAUUGCAGUUUCUCCAUAAGAGACAUGGCACCCAGACCACAUCAAUGAGCUGAAGUGGUAUGAGUGUCUACAUUGUCCCUUUAAGUACAGUGUCACAUUUUAGAACAGCUGGCAUACUGGGAAAGAACUGUAGUGGUUAUGGUGCCAACAGUGCCCUGGCACCUUCCUUUGAUAAGUAGUCAGACCAUUUUCAAAUGGUUUGACAACUUACCUGGGGUCUUUUGGGAGCCAGUUCUUCUGCAACUGGAAGCGGUUAGGAGUACAUGGCUGGCUCAUUGACGGCACACUGGAACAGGAGGAGACAACCAGACUGUACCGGUUAUGGAGCUUGGAGUUAUUCCUCUUACAAUAGACUAUUUUAAUCCUUAUUACUUUUGUUACUGCAUAAUAAGUUGAUUUCAACCCUGUGUUUAUGUAGAAUGCUAGUAAUGAAGAUGCACAACUUGCAUCGAACAAGUAAAGAGAAGAAUGAAGAUUCUGAAUCAGAAAGUAGUGAUAGUGAGGAGGAAGAAGAUGAAGAAGAAAAAAAGCCCCGAUUGGAACUGGCAAUGGUACCACAUUAUGGUGGUAUAAACCGGGUCCGAGUAAGUGCAACUAGAAUUUUUUAUUUAUUUUUUGCAUUACUUUGUUUGAUUUUUUUUUUGAUUUUUUUUUAUGCAAACAGUGAAGUGAAUGGUAUUGGGAUGUAAUGGUAUAUUUUAAUAACUCAAAUUAACUUACAUUAAAUAAACCUUUUAAUAUUCUCCUACACUACUGUGAGAUAUAGUCAGAUGGAUAGUAAUGACUGCGAGCACAGCUAGACAGAGGUGCAGAUCAGGAUAAUGUCUGGGCUUGCACUUUUCUUCCCUGGCAAGAUGUCACCAACUAAGGAGAAAGUCGUAGAUCUAUCUUCAAACAAAUAUCGGAAAGGUACACUACUCAGUAUGCACCAUUUGGUAAUAAAUAUAAAAGAAACAAAUUGAAACCAAUGUGGCUUAGUGGGACGGUAAACCAAGAAACCUUAAAAAAAAAAAAAGGCUUUUAAAUCAGACAGAUCAGAGACCUCUUAUAUAAGAUGUAAGAAAGCCACUAAUGCAGGCCAAAACGCAAUUAGAUGGGCCAAAUUAGAAAAUAAGAAAGUGAAAAAAUAAAUUAAAUUGUAGGUAAACUAAAAACAGAGAUGGGUGUGUUAGUUAGCGAAAACCAGGAAAAGCCAGACAUUUCAAAUAACAAUUUACCCUUUGUAUAUAUUAAGGAGAAUUCUAUGGCAAGAGAUAUGCAAAUUAUUGCUGCAAAAACCUGCAGUAAAAUUGUGUGUUGAUGAGUAAAGACAAAGUACGUCCAACAAAAAAUGGUUAACUACCUCGGACGUACCUGGUACGUCCGCGGCAAAUGUGAGCGCUUCCAGCCACUCUAACGGUAACGGUAUUGCAGCGAUGCCUCGAUGUCGAGGCAUCCUGUAAUACCUCCCCUGACUGCUGGGCCGCCGGGUGAUCGUGGCGCCCGGCAGUGUAGCAGAGCAUCGGAAGCAAUCAGGCAGAGUUCCAGUGCUCUGCCUGUGUGCCGAGUGCCUCUAGGGGUUGAGGCACUCAGUGAAGAUAAAAUAGUAAAUAAAAAAAAAAAUUGUAAUCUAUGCAUUAAACCCCCCCAACAGGACCGCGGACGUACCUACUACGUCCGCGGUAUUUCUAUGCACUUUCCCGAUUGCCGCUGUUCCCUCGCUGGCAAUCGGUCUUCCUCUCCGUCUAGGGGACUGUCUUAUAGCCCAGACAGUCCCCCCACGGGCCAUAUGAUCCAUCUGAAAGAGCGGUCACAUGGCCGCAAUAGGCGUCCAUAGUGUUGCCUGCAGGGGGACUGCCUGAACUUUGCCAGGUAUAUGUGGAUGUUAGAGGGGCACAUUUGAGAUGCAGCCAUUGGUUUGUUUUUUUCUAACUUUAAAGUUUUACAGUUUGUCCAUGUUUUAUUUCAGAGUAGUUUAGCUGGUUGGUUAUUCAAACUUCCCCACAAACACAUACUAUUUAUUAAAGAAUACACCUCAGGGUAAUUCAAAAGGCAUAUUUUGAACCUUAGCGUGUGAUUAUUUUUUUUUCUAGUUUGUUACAGGUGUAGUGGUAAUGAGCAUUUUUUUUUAAUGUAUUUUUUUGUACUUUUUAAAACUUUUAACUUUUUAAAAAAAAUUCAUAAACUUUUUUUUUUACCGUUAAUCCCUAACUAGCAGUAAGCAGCACUAACAGUAAAUUCUCAAAUUACCCAUAACUCCCACCCACUCCAGCUAGCAAAAUAUAAUUUUAAAAUAUUAAAAUUUAAUUAAAUAAAUUGAACCCCUGAGGGUUAAAUGACCGUAAAAUGUAGUCCCUGCCAAUUGAUUACUGUAGUCCGUGAUCAUUUGGCAUGGAAGGGGUUAAUUUUAUUAAAGCAGAGGUAAGGGGGGAUUUUACGUUAACUUAAGAUGAAAACCUCCUUUAUAUCUCAGUACUUUAGUGCCAGCAGUUCAUUCUGGCAGAGAGCUGCUGUUUCCCCCCCUUCUUAUUUAUUUUUCCCACUAGAGCCUUUGGGAAACCUGUGCGACUCUUCCGAAUAGUGCCACGGGCCAUGGUUUCGAAGCUAUACAGCAUUUUUAAAAGUGGGAUGCUAUUAUAAAAAUGAUCAAUAUACAAGUGAUAACCUUUGUUGAGUAAUGGCGUUAUUAAGUCCCAGACAAUUUUCACACUUGUCCCUAUUAUAUCUGGGCAACCUGGGGGAUCAAGGUGGUUACAUGGAAGGUGUACACAUUUGCCACUUUCACACAAUUUUAUAAAAUUUGAUUCCAUAUCGGGAUCUUUUGGAUGGGAUGUACUGUCUAAACCCCAGUCUUCCCUUAUACUUCAUGAGGGACUCAUUAGUAGAAAUUACCUUUUUUGGGGGUAUAAAUAGUGGCAAAUUUAUCGUUCAAGUGGGCAAUUAGAGGGCGUAUUUUAUAUAGAAGAUCUUACUGCGGAUGACCUUUUGGGGGGCACUUUGUAUUGUCACUAAAGGGCACAAAUCUCAGUAUGUCUUCAUAUAUGUCCCUACUCAUUGUCUGUGAAAAAAUGGGGGUAUUGCAAAUAGGAUUUUUAGGCCAAUACAUCCUAAUUGUGGGCUUUUUAAUUAUCCCCAUUAGCAUUGUCAGUGCCUAGAAUUGUUUCAUUUCUGGCACACUGGUUGGGUUCCAUCUCUCUUUCCUGGCGAUAAUAGAUUCCAUGCAAGAUACUGCUCAGCGUACAGAUUAGUUUGGGUGACUAUUUCCCCAAAAAUCUCAUCCCCCAAGAACAGCUGCAUACAAUCCAGUGCAUUAUAGCCAAACAGGUCAGCCUGUAUGCCAGGAUUGGCAGUGAACUCUGGGAUGUCUGGUGAAAAAUUACUAGGGGGUAUCCAGUCAUCUGUGCCAUGUUCGGCAUUAGGGGAAUCAGCAAUUUCUCCUGGUGGUCCUGCAGUAUCUGGCACAUAGUCCCUGCCUCGGAGUCGGCUGCUAACAGGGCAUAAGCCUCCUCUGCGCUAUACUUCCUAAACAUUGUCUACUACGGUAAUAAACUUUAACUAAAUAACUAAACUUUAAUUUUUUAUUUUUUAUUUUACCCCUAACUAGCUUAUCACUAAAUUCCACCCACCCAACUCACUAAAUCACAAAUUAAUAAAAUAUUAAAAUUUAACCCCUGAGAGUUACUAAGUCACCCGUCAUUAAGGGGUUAACAGUACCCCCUAUGUACAGGUUUUAUGGUGUUUAGAAAGUUACAGGGUCAAAUAUAAGGCUUGAUUUUCCGUUUUGGUUUUUUUUCCUCAUUGAAAUUUGCCAGAUUGGUUAUGUUGUCUUUGAGAGCGUAUGGUAGCCCAGGAAUGAGAAUUACCCCUAUGAUGACAUGCCAUUUGCAAAAGAAGACAACCAAGGGUAUUCAAUAUAGGGUAUGUCAAGUCUUUUUUUAGUAGCCACUUAGUCACAAACACUGGCCAAAGUUACCAUUCAUAAUUGUUUUUUGCAUUUUUAACACACAAACAAAUAUAAAUGCUAACUUUGGCCAGUGUUUGUGACUAAGUGGCUACUAAAAAAGACUGGACAUGCCACGUAUUGAAUACCCUGGGUUGUCUACUUUAAAAAAAUAUGUACAUGUGAGGUGUGAUUCAGAGAUUAAUGACAGAUAACAGUGUUACAAUGUCACUAUUGAUACAUUUUAAAAAUAUAUAUUUUGAAACUGCCAAUGUCCAACUUGUACUUAUAGCCCUAUAACUUGAGCCAAAAAAAAAAAAAAGCUAAGAACAUGUUAACAUUCGGUAUUUCUAAACUCAGGACAAAAUUUUAGAAACUAUUUAGCACGGGUGUAUUUUGGCGGUUGUAGAUGUGUAACAGAUUUUGGGGGUCAAAGUUAGAAAAGGGGUGUGUUUUUUUUUGUUUUUUCAUUUAUAAAAAAAGAAUUCUUAAAGUAUAUGAUGGCAAUAAUGGUAGAAAGACCAUUUAAUGUAGAGGAAAAACAGUAUAUAAUAUGUGUGGGUACAGUAAAUGAGUAAGAGGAAAAUUACAGCUAAACACAAAUACCACAGAAAUGUAAAAAAGCACUGGUCCUUAACGGUAAGAAAAUUGAAAAACUGUCUGGUCACUAAGGUCUUAAAGAGCUAGGUGUGGAUUUUUUUUCAGGAGUUGUACCGGAAGAUUAGAGGAUGGCGAAUGUGGUUCCUAUAUUCAAAAUCUUUGCCUAGAAGUUAUAGACCUGUGAGCUUAACUUCUGUGGCUAGGAAAGUAUUUGGAGGGUUAUCAAGGGAUAUUCAUUAAUUCAUUGGGAAGAACAUUAGCAAAAAUCAGCAUGGUAUUAUGAAACGUGUCAUGUAAAACUAACAUAAUUGCAUUCUAUGAAGAAGUGAGUCGAAGUGUAGACCAGAGUGUUGCAGUACAUGUGACCUAUUUAUUUUGCCAUGGCUUCUGAUAUGGUUCCACACCAUAAAACUAAAAGAAAUUGGCCUAGAUGAAAAUUCUUGUUCUUAUGUAGAACAUUGAUAGAGUACAGAGUUGUCAUUAAUGGUACAUUUUUCAAGCAGGACAAAAGUGGUCAUUGGUGUCCCUCAGGGUUGUGUUCUAAGGUGUCUUCAAUUUAACAUUUAUAAAUUAUCUUGAAUUAAGUCAUGUUUCUGUGUUUGCAGAUGACACAACUCUGUAAAGUAAUACUAUGUGAGCAAGAUAUUACUUUGCUGCAGAGGGAUUUAGAUUGUGGAACUGGGCACUCAAAUGGCAGAUGAAAUGUAAAGGUAUACUAUAGUGCCAGAAAUACAAAUCUGUAUUCCUGGCACUAUAGCUCCCUUGUGCUACCCCUUUACUUAGCUGAUCCCUUGGCGAUGAGUCAUGGCUCCGACUCCUCUGACGUCCCUCGAUGAGUGGAUGCUAAUGUGCAUGCGCAGCGAGUGGCGCACAUUAGGUCUCCCCAUUGGAAGGCACUGAAUCAAUGCUUUGCUAUCGCAAAAUAGCUUACGCUAGAUGUCCUCAUGCAGGGGGAGCUUUUUGGUAGACGGCCACUAGAGGCAGACUUAGUGCUGCUAUGUAAACAUUGCAGUUUACAUAGCUGUACCCAGACCAAUUCAAUGAGUUCAAGUGGUCUGGGUGUCUAUAGUGUCUCUUUAAUUGAGACAAAUGCGAAGUUAUGCACUUCGUAAAAAAAACACAUAAGAAGGAUUAGGGAAUUGCUGUAGACCUCAAACUAGGCAAUAAUGUGCAAUGUCAAUCAGCAAUAACUAAGGCUUUAAAGGAGUAUUCAUUCUCAGGACAAAAAUGUAAUUUUACCUGUUUCUCAAUCAAUGGUUAGACCACACCUUGAAUAUGCUGUGCAAUUUUGGGCACCUGUUAAAGGGGGAAAAAAAGAAAUGGCAUUAUGGCACUAAAGAGAGAAGCAGAAGGAGGCUACACAAUAAAAUGAAUUGUACAAUUUAGUAAUGAAGAAAGGGUAAGAAGUUUCAGUCUCUUUAGUUUAGAAAAAUGACUCCUCAGAGUGAAUAUGAUAGCAUUAUACAAAUAUAUUUGGGGCCAAACCAUUGGCUGGAAAUCUAUUUAAACAGGAUUGUACAUAGGACACACAGUCAUGCAUUUAUUUAGACUGGAAGAAAGGAUAUUUAGUCUAUGGCAAAGGACAAUAAGAAUGUGGAAUUUCUGCUCGAAUAGGUGGUUUUAUCAGAGUCUGUACAUAUGUUUAAACAGCAACUGGAUAAAUACUUGCAAAAACAAAAUUCCGUGAUAUAAUUUUUAAUUUGUGGAGUAAUAGAUUCUUGAUCAAACUAGAAAUCUGACAUUUGGGCAUUUUUUUUUUUCUCUUCAAACUGGGGGGGUGCCUUCUUUUGGAUCCAUGUCUCAUUUCAGCCUAUGCAACUAUAUCAGAGUAGUGGUAUGUGAUUUAAAGGACCACUAUAGUACCACGAAAACAAACACUUUUUUUCUGGCACGAUAGUAUUAAUAGGUCCCUCCCUCCCGCUGGCCUCUAGGGUACUCUCCUCCCUCUUCCGCUGAAUGCGCAUGCGCGGCAAGAGCCGCUCGCACAUUCAGUCAGUCCAAAGGAAAGCAUUCUCAAUGCUUUCCUAUGAAGGCUGGCGUCUUCUCAUUGUGAAAAUCACAGUGAGAAGCGCCUCUAGUGGCUGUCAAUGAAGCUGCCACUAGAGGCUGGAUUAACACACAUGUAAACAUAGCAGUUUUUCUGAAACUGUUUACAGCAGGCAGGGUUAAUCCUAGAUGGACCUGGAACCCAGACCACUUCAUUAAGCUGAAGUGGUCUGAGUGCCAAUAGUGGUCAUUUAAAUUCUAGCACGAUAAUAGGUUGUUGUAAUUUAGCACCAUUACUGGUUUUACUGAUGCAAGUAGGAACCAUAAUAACAGUCUAAACUUGGUGAUAACAUGAACAGUUCUUAACUAGUAUCACAUGGUUUAUAUACACAGUAGAUUUACAUUUGGUUACUAUUGCACCACAUUACUAUGAGUUGACAGACCUUUUAUUGGCUUCAGUACUGACUUAUCAAAUCCUUAAAUGGUCAGUGCAUGAAUCCAGAUGUUCUCCGAGUUGUUUGAAUUAUAAUUUUUCCCUGUAUGCAUUUCCUGGUAGCCGGAUCAUUCUGUUUUGUAUAGAGUGCUACCUUUAUAGAAUAAUAUAAAUAAUAGAUCUUAUAGAAAUUUUGUGGAGUUGUACUUUACAGCCCUACAUGUAAAUCCAGUGCUAAAACUUGAACUAUCACUUUACGAUGCAACUGUAAAAUGUGGUUUGGUUGUAGGACAUGUAACUAAUGUUGUGAUGGAAUUUUAUAGGUAUUCUGUUGACUUUUUCCUAGGUUGCGUCUCUUGGUGAUACACCCAUGGCUGCUGUCUGGUCAGAAAAGGGUCAAGUUGAGAUUUAUGAUCUACAGAAACAGAUUGCAGCAGUGUCAGACUCUCAGAGACUUGCUGCUUUUCUGAAAGAGGAGCAGUCCAAAAUCAAACCAAUGUUUUCAUUUUCUGGGCACAUGACUGAGGGUUUUGCGAUGUCCUGGUCACCAAAGACUCCAGGUAUAUUACCCAUUUAUUCCAUACAGAUAAAAUGUAUAGACACUGCUGCAUAUGUAUCAAAUUCUAAAAUAAACAUUGCAAAUGUGUUACAGAAAGGUGCUUUACUUCUGUGAGUGGUAUUUUUGUUACCAGAUGAUGACAAAGUGGCAUUAAAUGGACACUAGGCACCAUACCCACUUAAUCUCCAUGAUGUGGUGAUGUCUGGAGUCCCUCGGUGCUGGAUCAUAAUUAAGUGUUAAAAUUCCUACUUUCCUUUUUUUAAAGGAGCACCAUAGGGUCAGGAACACAAACUUAUAUUUCUGACCCUAUAGUGUUAAAACUAAUAUCUGGCCUCCUCUUGCCACCCUUAGAUAUAGUAAAAUCUUACUUGUAUUCAAGUCUGCAGCUGUCAUCUCUGCCCCUGUUUGCCUGUGACUCUGCCUGCUGGCAUCAUCAGAAGUGAUCUGAGUCAGUCACAGUGCUUCCCCAUAGGAUUGGCUGAACAUGUCAAGGAGGCAGAUCAGGGGCAGAGCCAGCACAAGUCAAACACAACCCUGGCCAAUUAUCAGCUCCUCAUAGAGAUUAAUUGAAUCCAUGCAAUGAAAGAUCAGUGUGCAUGCAGAGGGUGGAGACACUGAAUAUUGUGCUGCACAUUAGGCAGCACUGCCCCAGGACGUACUACUGAUAGCCAUCUGAGGAGUGGUUAGUGGAGGGAUCACUAGGCUGUAAUGUAAACACUGCAUUUUCUCUGAAAAGACAGUGUUUACAGCAAAAAAAGCCUGAAGGCAAUGAUUCUACUCACCAGAAAAAAUGCAAUAAGCUGUAGUUAUUCUGGUGACUCUAGUGUCCCAUUAAAUUACUUAUUUUUGAGGAGGGCAUGCCACUAAAGGUCACUCCAACCAAGAAUAGGGUUCUAUUAACACAAUGUCAGUUUUCAGUACCCAAAAAAGUGAUUUGCACUAAACCGUUUUUUUUUCUUUACGAUUAGUUCUAUGUGGAUUUUAUGUCUGUGCUUUACUCAUCCUAGGACGUUUGAUUACUGGUGACUGCAACAAGAACAUUCACAUGUGGAAUCCAGUUGAAGGAGGAACAUGGCAUGUUGAUCAAAGGCCUUUCACAGGUCACACCAAGUCUGUUGAGGAUCUGCAGUGGUCACCCACUGAAGCCACGGUAAUUGGAACACAAAUCUCACUGCUGACACAUGGUUCAAUUAUAACUUGACUUUCUAAAGCAAUAUUUAUAUACUUCAAUAUUUCAAUCUACUGUGAACAUUGUCCUAUACUUUGGCAGCUUCUUUGUAGCAGGAGAGUCGGUCCACUUCCUUGCUUGUCUGUGACAGUUCCAGGCUUAACAUGGUCUGUUUUGUCUAUCAAAUACAAGAUUAUUUGGAGAACAACUGUUAAUUCUCCUGCUAUCUACAGGUUUUUGCCUCCUGUUCAGUUGAUGCCUCUAUUCGUAUUUGGGACGUUCGAGCUGCUCCCAAUAAGGCAUGCAUGUUAACAGCCAACCAAGCUCACGACAGUGAUGUUAACGUGAUCAGCUGGAACCGCCAGGAACCAUUUAUCGUUAGUGGUGGGGAUGAUGGCGUUCUCAAGAUUUGGGACCUGCGGCAGUUUCAAGUGAGUGUCUGAUGUACAAGAGACUGAUUUAAAAACUUGGAUGGGUGUUGGUUGGCUCUCCACCUGUUAGUGUUAAACAAUUUCUUGCUUGCUUAAAAAUAGCUCUUAGCAUGCUUAUAUGUCCAUAAAGUUCUGAUCUGGUGGUACUCCAUGAUGGGCUUUCCAGUUAUUGCUAACUUUGAUAUUGACCGCAUAUAUGUAUAUUUUCUUUGAUAUUUAGCUGGUUUGAACAUCAUGAAAAUAUAGUGUGCCAUGGUAAGCUAUCACUGCUGUAUAGGCUGCAGCACCACCGCUAUACUAAACCCAAUUGUGAAAUGGUGGGACAAUCUUAGAAGAGGUGAUAAACAACAUACUAAAGAAGAAUGGAAGAAGAGGAGUAAAUGUCAGGUUUAGUGAGCCACUGUUGUAAAAGCACUAUAUCAAAUCAAUUUUAAAAAGAGAACAAAAAGUUUUACAUAGCUGCAUUCCCUCAAAGUUACUUGGGAAUUCAGUGCAUGAUAUUUGGAUUUUGUCCACAGCAGACACUGGUGUUACUGGUACUCCUUUUAUUUUACUCUAGAGGGGUAUCUGGGUGAUGAGAUUCUUUAAUAUAUCACCAGCAUUUUGUGUGUAUUUUGUGCGUUUUUAGUUUUGCAACAUGAAAUCAAAAGUAUAUGAUGACAUGUGGAAUUAUCUGCCUGCAAAGUGGUUUUAUUGGAGUCUGUACAGACGUUUAAACAGCAACUCGAUUAUACUUGCAAAUACAUAAUAUUCAAUUAUAUAAUUUUUAUAAUUUUUUUUUAACUGUAGGGUAAUACUUUUUGAUCCAAGGAUAAAUUUGACUGCCAUUCUGGGGUCAAGAAGGAAUUUGUUUCCUAGUUUGUUGCAAAAUUGAAAGUGCUUUAAACUGUGGUUUGUGUUUUUUGUUUUUUUUUGUCUUCUUUUGGAUCAACUGCAAAAAACUGAUGUCAGGAAGGUUGAACUUGAUGGACACAGGUCUCUUUUCAGCCUAUGUAACUGUGCAUAAGACAUUAAAUAUUCACUUUCAUAUAGCAUGGCACACCAGAAAGGCUGCAGGUUCCCCCAACAAUGUGUCAAACUGUAAAAUGAUUGGCUGCAUACACUCUUCGUGGGACCAAUGGCACUAUAACAAUUACAGUGUACUGUGGUAGUUAUGGUACUUAGAGUAUCUCUUCAAGGCUCCAGUGCUUUGUAACUAUCCUAACCAUAUAUUUUUUUUUCUCUCUUCUCUCGUUAGUGGAUAUGUUGAAUCCUGCUCAGGAUUGGAUUCAUUUUGCAAUGUAAAACUAAAAUGCAGAUUACAGACCCGCCUCGUAUUUACAGGGCAGAGAAACAAGUUACGGUGGAUGGGCUGUAGUCAAUACUCUCCAUUUCCCAGAAGUAACCCCUAGUGCACCGUACAGAAGCCUGCAAGGCUCAAUAUACAGUGUUACAUGAAUUGAGCAUAUCGGGGAAAGGUUUAUAUAGGCACAUUGUUUGCCUAUAUACAGAUGCGCUUAUUUUUACUUUUUGCUGUAAUUUGUCUAGUGCGUGGUUUUCAAAUUUCCCGUCCCAGGUUUUGAAUAAAUGUUUAGGGAUUUCUAUAAAAUAUUUGGUAUAGAACUGUGUAAUGGGUGGGGUUAUUUUAAUUACCUUGUUUAAGGGAUAGACAGAUUAUCUGCCAAUAUUCCAGAUUUUGUCAAAUAUCUGUAUCUGCCACUAUUGAUACUGAUAUUGCCGAUAAUGUAAGACGGCAGUGGCCCAGCGCACGUAUGGCUGGUACGUCCAUAAGGCGGAACACGCGCCCGCAUUAGGGUGCAUCGGCUCUGGGAUGAAAUAAUCAAGUGACCGGUAGGAGGUGGUAGAGUGGAGCAAAGUAGACCGUGGUACAGGAGCUUGUUUCCUGUACCCGGCCAGAUGGGCAGGAAGUGCUCACUGAGGGGGGAGACAGGAACACUAAGCUAUUGGGGUGGGGGGGGGAGAGGAACAUUAAGAUAUUCUUGAAAACAAAACAAAUCUGACACGACACGUGUGUAUUGUGCAUUUACCACUUAAUUAAAUGUUUUAGUUAACAGUAGAUUUGUGUAGAAAGUUUUUCAAAAUGGUAAAUGUACAAAGUAUCUGUAAGUUAUCGGCUAUCUGCCUGAAAGUUCAAAGAUUAUCGUAUCAGCUCUAAAAAAAAAAAUUAAAAAAAAAAAAAAAAAUCCGUCGAUCCCUACCUUGUUUUGUAAAGUGUCAUUGUAUAGGUCUGCUAAUAAGUUAGAUGUAUCACAAAUGUUAUUUUAAUGUUUUCUGUGUAGACUGCUCGAGAUGCUACAUUUUAGUGUUUGCAUUACAUUUAAUAUGUUCUUCAUCUACAGAAAGGAGUCAGCGUGGCAAAAUUUAAACAGCACACAGCCCCCAUCACGUCGGUUGAGUGGCACCCCACAGACAGCGGUGUGUUUGCUGCAGCAGGUGCUGAUGACCAGAUAACUCAGUGGGAUCUUGCUGUGGAAAGAGAUCAAGACCAAGAAGGUGAAACAGAGGAUCCUACCUUGGCAACCAUUCCUGCACAGCUAUUAUUUGUCCAUCAAGGAGAAAAAGACAUUAAGGAACUACACUGGCAUCCACAAUGCCCAGGGAUAGUCAUUAGUACAGCCCUUUCUGGCUUUAAUGUCUUCCGUACGAUCAGUGUGUGAAAAUAGCCUUUGUCCUCUAUCUAAUGUGUGCACAUACUAAGUUUUUUCCUGGCGUGUUUAAGCUGCCUAUGUGGUAAUAGUAUGUAUGUCUUAAAUUGUAUUCUGGCUGAGGUCACCUUAUUUAUGGACAUCCCUAAACUUCCACCAUACAUAAUUAAGCAGGCUUUGAGCUGCAAGUUAGUCUCCCCUACAGUGUGAUUCUAAGAGGACUGAAGAUAUGAAAACUGCACUGUUGGUAAAGGCUAAUUGAAUGAUAAUUAGUGCUCUUCUGAAUUGGAGCAGGAUCUGUUAAGACAUUACAAACACUUGGAAGGCACCUAUUAGCCCUAUUCAUUAGCCUGUCAUUAAACACUGGCCCCUGGGGAUGACCACAACAAUCUGAAAUAUCUGUAUCUAAACAUUUUAAAAUGUUUGCAGUUCUCCAAUGCUAAGGUAUUCUAAGCUGCUCUUAUAAUUAUGAUUAACCUCUUGGAAUUCAAAUUAACACUUUAAGUGUUGGGUUAUAACUAAUUCUUAUUAUAUAUUUUUCUAAAACGGACAUUGUGGAUUUAAGAAACCUAAAGGUCAGUCACUGACUUUUCAAUCAGGAGCUAGCUUUACUUGUACAAUUUGUAUGGGUUGUGAGAAACUAAAAGGAUGGUGUCAAAAAGUGGAUUUUAAAGCAAAAACUAAAGUGAGAAUUCAAGGUGAAUUUUAAAUUUAAGGUAAAAGUAGCUACGUUGGAAGCAUAGUGGACUUAACUCUGCAAAAUAAAAAUUGCAUCUUGAAAACUAAAGGACUACUGCACCCAAGUUACUACAUUGAGAGUGGCCCUUUAAAGAAUGUAUCCAGUACUGCUGUUUACCUUAAAUGUAAAAAUCACUUUUCACUAAAGUGAAAAGCAAGGCAAAUUUAAGGCCACGUUAGCCAAACUGGAAGCCUAUUGUAUGUGGGGAAUUUAGCCAUUUCCGUUGAAUGGUCUAAAAUUUGAAAUACACUUUAAAUUUGCUUUGAAUCUCACUUUGUGAAUAUCUGUUUAUUACACUUUCAGGAAUCUGAUACUUCUAUUUUAAAAUAAAAAUGUGAAUCUGUUUGGCAGACAAGUCUUUCCAUGGAAUGUCGUUAUUGGGAAUCACGCUACCUUAUUUCAAAAGAUAAGAUGUAAAGGGUUUUAUUUCAUUGUACAUUGCAGUCUUCAAAGUCUAAUCUCCAAAAAUCACUAAUUUGCCUAAUUUCACAUUAAUGGAUAUAGAUCCAGGUG